AUGCUGACGACUGCAGCAGCAGCAGUUGCAGCAGCAGCAGCAGCAGCUGCAGCAGCCUACGACCGCGUGAUUGCUCGCGACAGCCCGCGCUGCUCCACAGCAGCAGCAGCAGCCACACCUGCAGCAACAGCAGCAGCAGUUGCUGCUGCCCCUGAAGGAUCUCUGCUGCGUCCUUCCGAUUCCCGCUGCAGAGCAGCCACGAUAGGAGGGACUAGUAGCAGAUUGCUGCAGGUACGCGGCGGCAGCACAAGCAGCAGCAGGUGCAGCAGCAGCAGCAGCAGCAGCAGCAACAGCAGCAGGAAGGUUCGUGUAUCCGUGGUAACUGCAACAGGAGUCAAGUGUCUUGACAGGCGAUGGGAGUUGCUGCUUCCUGCUGCUGCCGCAGUUAAGGACGUGGCCUUGCUGCUGCAGCAGCAACUGCAGCCGCCGCCACCGUUGCUGCUGCUGCGGCUGUUGCACAGGGGCCGUCUGGUGUCUGCGGAGGAAACACUGCAGCAGCUGCUGCAGCAGGAAGAACCACCAGCAGCAGCUCCUGCAUCUGCUGCUGCUGCUGCUGCUGCGGAGCCGCAGCAGCAGACUCUUACUCUCAUUUGGGAUACAGCAGUGCCUCCUGCAGCAGCAGAUGCGGAUACUGAGGAAGGCAGCAGCAGCAGCAGCAGCAACAGCAGCAGCAGCGAUUCCUGCUCAGCAGCGGAGGCAAUUGCUGCCUACACGGCAGCCAGUGGUGCAGCAGGCCGUGUUGCUGCGCUGCUGCAGAGGGAAGCUGAAAUCCUAGCAGCAGCAGCAGCAGCAGCGGGUGGUGAGGAUAGUGCAGCAGGAGCAGCAGCAGCAGCAGGACUGCAGCAGCAUCCUGCUGCUGCUGCUGUUCAUCGUGCUGCCUUUGGUGGCUCCGAUGCUCCGCUGCAGAGCAGCGAGGAGUUGAAUGCUGCUGUACAGACACUGCAGGAAGGUCUUGAACUGCAGCAGCAGCAGCAGGAGGAGCAGCAGCAGGAGCAGCAGCAGCAGGAGCAAGAAGAGGAGCUCGUAGAGUAUUUUCCUCCACAGCCAAGAACACUCAAGGAGUAUCUGCAGCGGCUUCUGCUGCUGCAGGUGCAGGUACACCCGAAGUUGCUGCUAAAGGUAGCAGCAGGCUCGUUGCUGCUGCAGCAGCUAGUAGAGUAUGCUGCACCAGCAACACAGACACCGCAGCAGCAGAAGCAGCAGCGGUUGCGAGAACUGCUGCUGCUGUCUGCUGCUCCAGCAAUGCUGCUGCUGCACCUAAGGCCUAUGCUGCUGCUGCAGCAGUUCGCCUGGGAGCUGCUGCCUAAGGGGAGGGGAUGGCGGGCGCUGCGGCUGCUGCUGCCUCCUCCUGCUGCUGCUAUGCUAGAGGAUGAGCAGCCUGUCCCGCUGCAGCAGCUGGUGCAGCAGCAGCAGCAGAUGCUGCUGCAACGUGAGAAGAAAGAGCAGCAAAUGCGUACACAGGAGAUGCUGUUACAGGGACAGAUGCAACAGCAGCAGGAUAGGCAGCAGCAGCAGCAGCAGCAACAGCAAGCCACAGCCACCUGA